UGCCCACACAGCGAUUCAUGCCUUCACUGAAGCUCCUCCCAGAGCCAUUAACCAAUAAAUUAACCAACAAACCAGCAGGAGAAAGAAUCCAGCUGAAAUCUUCAUAACAGACUGUUGUUGGAGUUGAUGGGAGAGAAACUUGAGAACAUGAGAGAUUCAGAACCAUGCAGGAUGGAAACUGAAAGUGCAGAGGAACAAAGAGAUACUAUGGAAGUGAGAGAGGGCAGUCAAGAUGAGCUGAAUGAAGUUGACAAGAAACAUCGUGUAAAAACAAUACAGAAAGUUUCACAUAAAAAAACAGAAGCCAAAAUGUCUUUCAGUUGCACCGAGUGUGAAAAGAGUUUCUCAAAAGCUGGACACCUUGCAGAUCACAUGAAAACCCACGCUGAGAAGAAGACUUUUACAUGCCGUCUGUGUGGGAAGGGCUUCGCCAUUAAAGCAGUCCUUGAAGGACACAUGAAAAUUCACAGCGGAGAGAAACCUUUCAAAUGCCAUCAAUGUGAAAAGAGUUUUAUAGAGAAAGGUAACCUCAAGAGACACAUCAGAACGCACACUGGAGAGAAACCUUUCACGUGCCAACAGUGCGGGAAGAGCUUCACCAAUAAAUCAAGCCAAAUGAUGCACAUGACAAUUCACACCGGAGAGAAACCUUUUACGUGUCAUCAAUGUGGAAACAGUUUCACACGAGAAGUGAACCUUAAGGUACACAUGAAAAUUCACAGUGGAGAGAAUAUUUUCACAUGCCAUCAGUGUGAAAAGAGUUUUUCAAGCAAACGUUACCUUAAGACACACAUGAGAAUUCACACUGGAGAGAAACUUCCCUCAUGCCAUCAGUGUGGAAAGAGUUUUGCAGAUGAACGUUACCUUAAGACACACAUGAGAAUGCACACUGAAGAGACACCUUUCAUAUGCCACAAUUGCGGAAAGUGCUGUAUAUCUGAAAGUACCCUUAGGGUUCACAUGAGAAUUCAUUCUGCCGAGAAACCUUUUUCAUGCAAUCAGUGUGAAAAGAGUUUUAAAUUUAAGAGUAACCUUGAGAUGCACAUUAAAACUCAUACUGGAGAGAAACCUUUUGCAUGCCUUCAGUGUGGAAAUAGCUUUGCAGACAAAGGCAACCUUAAGAAACACAUGAGAAUCCACACCGGAGAGAAGCCUUUCAAAUGCCAUCAGUGUGAAAAAAGCUUUUCAGACAAAGGCCGCCUUACCAAACACUUACAGUUGCACACCGGAGAAAAAAAAUUCACGUGCCGUCAGUGCGGGAAGGGUUUCACGGAUAAUGCACACCUUAAGAGACACAUGAAAAUUCAUAGCGGAGAGAAAGCUUGCAAAUGCCAUCAGUGCGGGAAGGGUUUCACCAGUAAAGAAGACGUCAUGAGACACGUGAGAAUUCACACCGGAGAGAAAUCAUUCAUAUGCCAUGACUGUGGAAAGAGUUUUACGGAUAAAAGUAAUCUUAAGACCCACUUAAGAAUUCACACUGGAGAGAAACCUUAUACGUGCCAACAGUGUGGAAAGGGUUUUAUAAAUACAAGUAACCUUAAGAAACACAUGUUAGUUCACACUGGAGAGAAACCCUAUGCAUGUAAUCAGUGUGAAAAGAGUUUUACAAGUAAUAAUAACCUUCAGAAACACAUGGGAAAACAUGAGAAUUGACAUUGUUGCAGUGUCCCUACUAGGGGUGUGCAUUGGCACUGCUCUCACAAUUCGAUUCAAUUACGAUUAACCAGGUAACGAUUCAAUUCAAUUCGAUUCUACGAUGCAUCAGAAUUCUACUGUACACAACAAGGCAAAUUUUUAAUCAGUCAAGUAGUAUAGUCAAGUGCAACUAUUCUCAACAAAAACGGAAGCUUAGCAGCUUUAAGACAAUGACAACUAUAUAUACCGGAGAUGAGAAUUUUACACACAGCGUAAGUCUUGUCUAGUUUCCCAUUAACUUCAUAGAAUCCAAAAUGUGCCCAAAGGGUGCGUUUUUUAUUUACGCACAUCUCUCUCCGCCUCAGCCAUCUUGAUUGUUGUUGUUUUGCCCCCAGAAGUAAUUGAAACUUCACAACUUUAUUGUCCACUCGAGGCCAGAAAAUAAACAGUGACAUAAUCGAUUAUGGCACUUUGCUGCAUCCACGCAUUGCGAUGCAUUGCCGCAUCGAUUAUUGUUGACACCCCUAGUCCCUACCAGGGCUUGACAUUUACUUUUUUGCUCAUCAGCUACAGUGGUUUCCCAAAGUUACCAGCCACUCAGUAUUUUCACUGGCCACAUUACUCUUGGGGUCUAGGUCCCAUACCAGAAGACUUGGGAGGGGAACUACAGUAAUCAAUUCUGUUCCCUGUACAGAUUGCAUAGCCUGAGGACCAAAUUGAGAAAUAAUUGAAUCAAUUCUGUUUUUCAUUAUUUGGCCCUGGCUGCAUUCAUUUUUUUCUUAUUCAAAAUAUAAUCAAUGUUUCCGUAAGCAACUUUGUGAUAUUUUAAUUUCUGUUUUUAUUCUUAUUUUAAUUGUUUAAUGCUUUGCCUGUACUGUAACAGAACAAGCAUGCCAAUAAAGUGCUUUAAAUGUACCGGUAAUUGAAAGUAGAGAAUUUUUGGAAUUUGACUAUUGCAACAUUACAUUAUGAAUAAAUUCUGCUGAAUUGAACGAAAUUAACAUUUAAAAAUAAAAAGUGAAAUCAUAAUGAGAAAUAUUGAAGAAAUAAUUCAGAAGUAUACACAACCAUUUAAAUAUGGACAAUAUGGUGCAUCUUUACUUUUGUUGAACUUGGAUAUCUAUUGCUUAACCCUUAUAUUACUGUAUGUUAACCCAUUUUGAUUUUUAAGCUGUCCAAAAAACAGUUAACCUGUGAUUUUAAUCUUGAACUUUUGUGACUUUUUCUCAUUUAUGGCCAUGAACAUGCAUGCAAAGUUUGGACACGCUGAUAUGUUUUGAAGUGUACCCAAAUAAUUUUGUAACGAAUUUGACCUGCAUAUUUUUUGUUCCAAAGCAAUACAGACCCAUAUUAAAUAUAUGUUUUCAGUGUUUGUUGUGAAGAAGUUUAUUUUCAUCCCAAUCUACAUGAAUAUCAGUUUACCAUUAUAUAUUAUGUAAAUCAAUCAUUUUACCAUUAUGUAUUAUUUAUAUGAAUAUUACCAG